AUGAUUCAAAAUUUCUGUUGCUCAUCAUGGUGCUCGACGGGUCACGAAGUCAUUCCGGAAAAGAUUAUCUCGACAUAUAGAAUGAGUGUCUUUUCAGCAACUUAUUCGGAGCGGGGGGCAACAGGUGUUUCUGUUAUGGGCUCACAUGGGAAAUAUGAAAUGGGUGGUGGCGGGCAAAGACAUGCGUUGCUAUUGUUUUGCGGCAAAUCUCCAAAGCUUGGAAACGGUACCGGGAAAUACCUUUUUGGGAAAGGUGGAGUUGGUCAUGAAUUUUGGGUGCGGCCUGCUGGCGAACCUCUGCAUUGUUACCUUGUCUGGUUGAGCGAUGUGGACGGGGAUCGCGCAGUCCUUUAUUGCUUUCUUGCGCCUCUUCUCUCAUUUCAUUAUUCGAGGAUGGACUAUUCUUACUACUAUUGGUCGACGUUCUGGCGGUGCAGGUCUAGCACCUCGCGACACUGGAAACGGUUGGUGGUGGUGGAGUCAUACCUUGUCUGGGCACUUUCGCGAGCAUCUCGGAAGAGUUGUGUGUUUCUUGGGUAG